GCACGCGCGGUAGAAAGCCAAGAAGAAGACGAAGACGGAAAUAGAACGACGCGCGGAAGUCGUUUUCGUCCUUGUGAGAGAAAGGCAAGCCAACAAGAUGAAUCGCGGCGUUUUUGCGCUCCAGCAGGUGGCGCGGCGGACCUUUUGCGGCUCCGCUCGGAGACCGGUGGAGAACCAAGUCCCCAAGAACCAGAAGCUCUUCCAGGAGGACAACGGCAUCCCCGUGCAUCUGAAAGGCGGCACCACCGACGCUCUGCUCUACCGAGCCACCAUGACGCUCACCGUGCUGGGUGCGGCCUACGUGGUGUACGAGCUGCUAAAGGCGGCCAGCCCCCAGAAGAAAGCGUGACUCCGCCUCCACGUGGCGUUGCGUGUAAUGAGGAAGAUGACAAUGGUCGUGUUUCCUGUCGUGUUCAUGGGAUCAGUAUUUAUUUCCCCGCGAGAUCAAUUAAACUUGUCAUGACCAA